AAAUACAAACACACCAAAACUCUCUCUCUCUCUCUGUGAAACUGUUCGAUCUUUAGCGCAGAAGAAGCCAUGGCGGAGCCAGAAGAGAUACCAGGGGCGUCGCUCAUGGAGAAGAUCUACUCCCACCACCGCUCCUCGUCGUCUUCGUCGUCUUCCGACGACGACAAGCCGUCCAAGAAGGCCGAUGACGUCAAGCACAAGGCUGAGGAACACGACAUGCCGUCCGCUCACGAUUCCGUCAAGUCCAACAAAUUCAGGAUCUUCGGCCGGGAAAAGCCCGUUCAUAAGGUCCUCGGCGGUGGCAAACCUGCUGAUGUCCUCCUAUGGAGGGACAAGAAAGUAUCUGGAAGUGUUCUUGGUGGAGCCACUGUGCUAUGGAUUUUCUUUGAGUUGCUUGAAUACCAUUUGAUAACUCUGGUCUGCCAUAUGUUGAUACUUUCUCUGGGCGUUUUCUUCCUGUGGUCCAAUGCAUCCUCCAUUAUCAACAAGGCUCCACCAGAAAUCCCAAAAGUUCAAAUUCCGGAGAAGUGUGUCCUUGAUCUUGCCUCUGCACUGAGGAUUGAACUCAACAAAGGGUUCUAUGUUCUCCGGGAAAUUGCAUCUGGGAGAGAUUUGAGGACAUUCCUCAUUGUUAUAGUUGUCUUGUGGAUUGUGUCAGUGAUUGGCAAAUGGUUCAACUUCCUGACCUUAUUCUACUUAUCCUUUGUCUUGCUGCACACGGUGCCAGUGAUCUAUGAGAAACAUGAUGUCCAGAUUGAUGCUUUUGCUGAGAAGGCAUGGAUUGAGAUUAAGAAGCAGUAUGCAGUGUUUGAUGCGAAUGUUUUGAGUAAGAUACCCAAGGGUCCAGUGAAAGAGAGGAAGAAGGACUAGAGACACACCAUGCUGGAGUUAAUUCUGUUUACUAGGCUUUACAUUAACUGCGGUUUUAGUCCAGUCUUGAAUCAUCAUUCGUUAGAUUACCUCUUUCUGCGUUUUAUUUCAGAACUGGUCUAAUGAGCGCACAGUUUAAUGAAUAUAAGUGUUUUAGAUCUAUAAAUCUCUGGUUGCAUAUUAUAUUGGGAUCUACUGCUUUUUAUUUAGAAAGUUGCACUUAUCUUUUCCUUUC